CCACAGCAGCGGCAGCGGCGGCAGCAGCAGCGCGGAGGCACCUGUGAGCUGUGAGGUGCCAGCUCAUGGCAGAGCCUGCCCUUCUUCCCACCGCCCAGAUGGGGAGGCUGGCCCCCGUGUCCCUGGCCUCACCGUGUCCCAGGAUCCCACGGGCUCACAUCGCCAGGCGGCCGGGGCGCUGUGCCCAACGCUGGACUGACCUGGGCUGCAGCUCUGGCCCCUCGUCAGGCCCAGUGAGUCAGCUCCCGCAGAAGAACCCGCUGCAAGCAUGCCCUGCCGAGCGCUCCCACUGCCGGGUGUCCUCGGCGGAGAGCUUGUCCCUGGAUGGCUUUUGGAUGGAGGUGGAGCGGAUCCAGCAGAGGGAUGAGCUGAGAGAAGAGGAUGGCUGCGGGGGCGAAGGCCGGCCCCCAGAGGAAGGAGAAACUGAAUCCCAGUGGCUGCAGGACACAGGCCUGUCGGACCUCCUUGGUGGCCUGGGCUUGGACAGUCAUCACCGGGGGCUCCUGUCCACCCUCACACAGACCCAGGUGGCCGCUGUGCGCCGCCGGCUGGACAUCUACGCCCGCUCAGCACGACGACGCCCCAAGGCACCUGUUAGAGAUGUCAGGGACAUCUUUGGGGGCUUCAAGGCAGGGGAAAUGCCUUCAGAGAAUGGGGAUUCAGGUAUGAAAUGGACCCCGCUCAGUUCCGGGAGCCCUAAGUCUCCUCCAGCAGCAGAGCCUGAGGGGCCGCAGGCACAGGCUGGGAUGGAGCACGCCUUCCACAUGGACUCCGCCUACUCGGAACAGGCCGCACUGCUCCUGCAGAGGGGCAGGCAGCCCCCGGGGGGCACCUGUGCCUGGAGCAAGGGGUCCCUGCCGAAGUUUUGGAUCCCCAAGGGCAGACUUGGCCUGACGAGGAUUGGAGACCUGUCCUCGCAGGACCUGAAGAAGAUCGCCGCCCUGGCCCUCAUCGAGCUGACUGCGCUCUGCGACGUCCUGGGCUUGGACCUGAAGAGGAGCAAGGCGGGGAAGCAGAAGGCAGCAGAAACUCGCCUUUUUGGGGUGCCCCUCGAAGCCCUGCUGGAAGCUGACCGCAAAGCCCUCCCCAGCACCCAGGUGCCACUGGUACUUCAAGCUCUGCUAUCCUGUUUGGAAAAGAGGGGGCUGGAAAUGGAAGGCAUUCUCAGAGUGCCUGGAUCGCAGGCCAGAGUCAAGGGGCUGGAACAAAAGCUGGAGAGAGAUUUCUACACUGGCCUGUUUAGCUGGGACGAGGUUCACCACAAUGAUGCAUCCGAUUUGCUCAAAAGGUUUAUCCGGGAGCUGCCGGCACCUCUGCUCACCGCUGAGUACCUGCCGGCCUUCGCCGUGGUGCCCAACAUCCCUGACCUGAGGCAGCGCCUGCAGGCCCUCCACCUGCUCAUCCUGAUUCUCCCGGAACCCAACAGGAACGCCCUGAAGGCACUCCUGGAAUUCCUCAGGAAGGUGGUGGCCCAGGAGCAGAGCAACAAGAUGACACUGUGGAAUGUUUCCACAGUAAUGGCCCCUAAUCUCUUCCUUCACCGAGGGCAGCCCCCCAAACUCCUCAAGGGCAGGGAGAAGCAGCUGGCAGAGGGGGCUGCUGAGGUGGUACAGAUGAUGGUGCACUACCAGGAUCUGCUCUGGAUGGUCUCCUCUUUCUUGGUCGCCCAGGUGCGAAACCUGAACGACAGCAGUAGCAGGCGCCCCCAGCUCUGCGACGCGGCCCUCAAAACCUGGCUGCGAAGGACACACGCAGACAGGGACAAGGCGGGGGAUGGCCCCGAGGCGACUCCCACAGUGGCAAAGAUCCAGGUGGCCUGGCUUAUCAAAGAUACCCUGGAGGUGCCCCUGACCCCCAGCACCAAAGUGGCUCAUGUCCUCAGGCAGUUCACAGGGCGCCUCAGCCCUGGUUUACAGGGUCAAGAGGGCAAUGAGGACAAGGACAGCCUCCUCCCACGCAGCAGGUUGAGGAAGUCAGCCGACAUCGUCCUCUGCGAAGUUGGAGGGAAUCUCAGUGAGCAUCGCCUGGACCCAGACGCCUACCUCUUAGAUCUGUAUCGCGCCAACCCCUGUGGCGAGUGGGUCAUCAAACAGAGCCCCACCUAAGCCGGGACGGGACGGAGCAGCCCUGGAUGCCACAGCCCGCCCUGUGCGGUGUGGCCAGCGCGGGAGCAGAGCUGCUGAGGGGAGGUCUAGCUGCUCCUCCAGGCGUCUUCCCUGCAGCGCCCCUCAGUCCUGGAAGCGCUCUGGCUGGCCGGCUCCAGAGCCCUGGAGGGGAUGCUUUCAAGUAGCCCUCUAGCGAAUGGGGGGCAGCCCCUUGCACUCUCUGAGCCCCCUGGAAGGUUGAAGGGGGUUGGGCCUCAGGCAGUGCGGGGCUGACACUGUGGCCAAGAACAGCCCCUGGAGAACCGGAAAGAGAAAAACUGCCCUUCACAGCUCUCAGUGUAGCUUUGCACAAGCUUGUGGUUUUAUAAUAUUUAAAUUCUGUUGGAACAUUAAAGGCACAAGUUAAAUGUCA